AGCCAUGCUGGUCUUCUUUCUGAAUUGUCUGUGUAUCACGGUCUAUAUAGGACAUUCGCUGGUCACUGAUAGAGAAUCACAGAACAAUAUCAGUCUGACAGGAGAAUCGGGCAGCGGGAAUAAAGAUAUCGUCCGACAGCUUCUGAACCAGAAGACCCUGAUCAGAAUGGCGCUGGUGCGGAACGUCCACGCCUUGAUGAAUGACAUGGUGAAAAUGAAACAAAGUAUGGCUGCCAACGACGUGCGACUCCGGGACGCUGAAGAACAAAUCGUGAAUCUAAAACACGGGGUUAAGACACUGAAGUCUGAAAACCAACACUUUAAGGAGCAGGCUACAAAAUUCCAGCAGACUGUCAAUAACUUUAUUAAAAAGUUUGGAGACCUGGAUAGAAAUUUUACUCAAGAUUCCAAUAGCCGUCUUGAAUUUGAGAGGAAAUGGAACUCAAAUAGUGGAGCGUGUGAUCGGGACAUUUCCGGUCAACUGGACGACAUAAAAGCAGAAGUUCGUAAUUUGUCGCUGUCUUUGAGAGGUCUUGAGAAACGCACUCUCGAACUGGAGAAAUCUAUCCCGAUCCUCCUCAACAACAAGGUAACAAUUUUGUCAGGGAGGCUAAAUAAAUCACUCGACAAUUUGAGUGGUAGUCUAAGCGCGUCCUCAAGAAAAAGUGAGCAGUUGUUACUGAAUAUUUCCACCGUAGCAGACCACCUGGACAGCAUAAGAAGAAUUAUGAAAGAUAACCUUAACAAGACACUUCAUGGACUGAAAGCGGAAGUAGAACAAUCCCAGAAGGAACAGCAAAAAUUGUCGUCUGCUGUAGCGUCCUUGGAAAUUUUCAAACAAAACAUGUCGUUAACUAGCUAUGGUAAGUCGUCCCACGUGGGGUUUACAGUCGGUUUGACGAGUACCAGCUCCUCCUGGUCUUACAGUACCUUGCAAAUUGUCUCGCUAUUCCCCCAUGUUGUCUUCAAUAACGGAUACAAUCCCCACACUGGAAUUUUUACGUCACCCACGGCCGGCACUUACGUUUUCUAUGUCAAUGUUAACGUUCAGGGUGGUAAUUUCAUUUACUUAGACAUUGUCCUUAAUGGGAGUUCAAAGGUCAGCACAAUGUCACACAACAGUGCAAGAUAUAUGACUGGAACAAACAUGGCCGUUUUCCAAUUGAGCAAGGGUGAUAGUGUAUGGGUGAAGCGUUACGAUUGGAAAAGCUACUAUUCCCAUUCUGUACCUAUAACAACCUUCUCUGGUUUUCUUUUAUAAUAACAUUAGGUCUAUAAAUGAAUUCAAGAGCGGAUCCAGGAUGUUUUAAAGGGGGGAUCCAUGUCAACUUUGUACAAAUGUCUCACUCGAAAUUUUUUGAGCAAAUGGGAAAACAAAACGUUAAUAAUUUACCCAAACUUGGGGGGGGGGGUUUACAUUUUUCUGAUAUAUGAUUCCCAUUAGCGUUUUAAGAGGGGGUUUUUGUUUUCGGGGGGGGGUGUCAAAAAUUAUUUUUCGUUCUUUUUUACAAGAAUUUUAAAACUCUGAAAAUUCCAGAGGGGAGUUCAGACCCUAUACCCCCUACGUUUCUCUAGUUCUGACCCUAGAUAAAUACAUAGCUUAAAAUACGUACUAAGUAUGCCAAAUAUUUUUAAUGUAGUGUUUAAUUACUGCUGCCAUAUUUUACAUGUUACAAACUCUGUGUUCUGUUAGAGAGAUCGAGUUGAUGAAAAAAGAGUCUUUCGUAGGCUGGAAAACAUAAAAGUAAGCGCUUGAGAUGAAAUUAUUGUGAAUGAUUGUAGAAAUAGAGUUUGCUAUUUGUGUUUUUCUGUAAUUUUUAUUCAAUAUUGUUUGUUGCUUUAUGAUUAUAUAUGAAUAAAU